AUGAAUAUUAAUAAUUCAUUCGUUUUACCACUUGGUUACGGGUUAAUUUCACUGCCUAAUUUUUAUGAAUGUGUUACACAUUCAAAAAAAUUGCCUACAAAAUUAAAAACUCCACUAAUCAGGCGCGUUAAUUUGAGCUAUAUUUCACCUUCUUUGACAAGAUUUAAUCAAGAAUAUAAUUCAACUCCAAAUGAUUCUUCAUCAAAUGGGCCUUCUACGAGCGAAUCUGAUGUUAAUAACUCUUCUCCAGAUGGUCAAGUUAGUACUAGCGCACCUGAAAUAAAUGAAGAACUAUCAUCAUUGAUUUCAGCUCAAUCUGAGAUAUUAAAGAAAGAAGGAGAUAAGGAUAACCUUGGGAAAUAUGAUUGGUUUUCUGAUGAGCCAAUAGACUCUUCAGAUGAGGAGUUGAUGACCGAGUAUUACGAGUCCAAAAUCCCUGAUUUAAACACUAUUUACAAGAAUUUGGACCCGGUCGGGAUCCGUAAUUACCUUCCCGACAUCCCAAGGUCAGAUCGUUCCUUAGGGCGAGUUUACGAGGUUGGAGAAACUUUUUUGGAGAAUAAGUCCACAAAUACUCAUACUUUAGAGGAAAUUUUAGAUAAAGCUAAGAAGAACAGGGAGGAACUUGACCGUGUUUGUGGUACAACUACUGCAAACUCCUUGGAUAAUAAUAUUAACAUAAAAUCUUUAGUAACGAAUAGUCAGUUGGAAAAUAAAAUGGAGAAUGAUAAUUAUAAGAGGUUUGAAGGAGUAGAUGAGUUUGGGCUUGGAGAAGAGUUCCCGGAAGACUCUGAAGAUAUAGUUCUUGAAGAUGAAAUGUGCAGGUAUUUUUUGGAAAUUCCACUUAAGAACUGGGUCAAGGAUGAGAUAAAUUCAUAUAACAAUUCUAUAAAUAAGCUUGAAAAGGCCCAAAAAUACUAUACUGAGAAUAAACCAGAGGAGUUUGUCACAGAUUUCAGGGCUGUUUUCUCAGACUCACCAAUCUCAACUACUGGACUUUUUGACUCCAAUUCUUCAGAUUUUACCGAGUCUACUGAUAAAAUAACUAAGAAUUCACAUGAUGCAAAGGAUCUGUACAUUAAAGAAUAUAAACAUAAUGAUUUAUUGAAUGAUAUUGACAAGUAUGAAUCUUCCGAGUAUCCUGAAAUUGUUCUAAAAAUGUCACAAAAUGAUCAAAAUGACCCAAUUUUUACACUAGAAUAUGACAAAUAUUCCAAAGAUGGUAGUUAUGAAAAGAAAUUGGGAAAUUUAGAACAUAACUUGAGAGUGUAUGUUGGAGUCCCAAAGGAAUUUAUAAAGUUUGACGAAGUGGGUUCUGUGGUAGUAAAUGAUUCAAUAGCCUUUAGAAGGAAUUAUGAUAUUUGUAUAGGAAAGGCGGUUGAAAAAAUUCCACUUGAAGGUGAGUAUUAUAUAGGAACCAUUUUGCUUCCAAAUCAGGCCGGUUAUAGGGACCAGAACAUAAGAUAUUUGGCUGAUGAAAUAGCAAUUAAUUCCAGAGGACUUGUUUUUGUACCUGAUAUCCCAGUAAUAAAACAAGAGGAGGAAUGGUACUUUAUACUCUUGAACAGAUUACUUAAGCUUGUCCAAAGCGUCUACAAAGUUGAUCGCAUUUCUUUUGUAGCUUUAGGUGAUCAAGGCAAUUUGAUCAUUAAUUACAUUAACAAUUCGAUGAUGAAUACUAUAUCAAAGUAUAGUAAUUUCUCAGAUCAUAGUAAAAUAAAUAAAAAUGAUGAGGUUAAAAAUAAAAUGGAUGAUUUAAUUGACCGAUUUAGUACUGAAAGAGUAAGGGAGCUGAUGAGAAGACAGUCAGUUCCAAUAAUUGAAGACCUUUUGAACGGUUUACAGAACAUAAAACUGACUCAAAGUCAUCAAGAGGCUAAAAAAGCAAAGGAAGUUAACAUGGUUAAGCCCCUAUCAAAGGUUUUACAGUCCCUUAUAUUGUAUGAUGCUACCCAUGUGGAUCUGGAAAAGUUGACUAGACUGUCAAUUCCCACUCUUUUAUUGGAGUCAAACAGAACAAAUCUUAUUGAUCAAGUUCUAAAGUCUAAUUCUGUCCCAGAAAAAACAGUCAAAAGUGCCAUUUCUUCAUCUAAAACCAAUCGUCAUAAUAGUAUCCAGAAUAAAAUGAAGGGGAUAAACAUGUUUGAUUAUGUAAUAAAUGAGGUCCCAGAAAAACUCAAAAAUAUAAUAAAUAACCAGACUGAUUUCAAGUUAAUGCCCUCAGAUAACAACUUAGAAAAUCAUCGGGACCAGUACCUUAUAACAACCUUUCACAAGGGAGUUGAUAUACUACUUGAGGUCUUCAAAGAAGCUUCAUCACAUUUUUAUAUGAAAAAGCCAAACGCCUCAAAACUAGAACUUCAAGUACCAAUUUAUAUACAUACUUAUUAUGUUACAAAAUUCUAA